AUGGGUGAAGAAGCUCCUCGAGCCCCAGGCGCAGACGCCGGUGCCAGUCCGUACGGCGAUGUCACCGAAACCGAUCUCUUGAUCGUUGGCGCUGGCCCAGCUGGAGCUGGGUUGGCCUGCUUCCUGACGCAGCAUGGCUUGAAAGGAAUUAUGGUGGCUGCCACCCCGAGCACGGCAGAUACCCCCAGGGCACAUAUCACCAACAUGGCCGCCCUCGAAUGUCUCCGUGACAUCGGAUUAGAGGACGAGUGCUUGAAGCUUGCAGUAGACGGUGGCUGCAUGCAACACACGAGAUGGUGUCGAAGUAUGGCGGGAGAGGAGUACGCGCGGGUCUAUUCUUGGGGAAACGACCCAACAAGAGCGGGGGAUUAUGAUGCUGCUAGUCCUUGCAGUCACGUUGACAUCCCACAAACCGUCCUCGAACCCAUCCUCGUCCAGCAUGCAAUGCAAAAUGGCUUUCAUUGCCGUUUCGAUACCACUUUUCUCUCUUUUGAACGCGAGCCCCAGGGCACCAUCGUCAGCACCGUUAAGGAUAAUUUGACGAAGAGUGUAUAUCGUAUCCGAUCCAAGUACCUCUUCGGAUGUGACGGUGCUAGAAGUCAAGUCAUCCGCCAACUAGGGAUUCCGUUGAUCAAGAAACCGGGUCAGGGCCUAGCAACAAAUGUGCUGGUCAAGGUGGAUCUUCAACAUGUGGUCGAGAAUCGGAUGGGAAAUCUACAUUGGGUACUAAAACCGGACGAAGCCUCCCCCGACUUUGCAUGGUCCGCCCUCGUCAGAAUGGUGAAGCCUUGGAAUGAAUGGAUGUUUAUCAUCUUUCCUGCUCCUGGUGCUGGUGUCGACUUCGCUCCAUCUGAGGAUGAUUAUCUGAAGGUCAUUAAAUCCCUUGUCGGUGACGACUCCAUCCCCGUUAAGAUCCUAGGAGUUUCAAAAUGGUUUAUAAAUGAGAUUGUGGCUGAAUAUUACUCGGAUGGCAACAUCUUCUGCCUUGGCGACGCCGUUCAUCGACAUCCGCCAAUGAAUGGUCUUGGUUCCAACACUUGUAUCCAAGAUGCCUAUAACUUAGCAUGGAAGAUCGCAUACGUUUUAAACGGGAAAGCUAGUCCCGAGCUUCUCAAUUCAUAUAGCCCUGAGCGCCAACCUGUAGGAAUGUCAAUCAUAUCACGUGCCAAUCAAGGCCUUCGAGAUCAUCAGCCCAUUCUAGAAGCCUUCGGCAUGACGGAUCCAUCACUUGAAGUGCGGAAGAGUAAUUAUGCCCAGCUCUCCGAAGCCACACCGGACGGUGUUGCUAGAAGAAAGAGACUUCAAGAGGCGCUAAGUCAUACCCGCCAUGAAUUCCACGGUCUUGGAGUAGAAAUGAAUCAACGAUACGAAUCAAAGGCGAUUUACCUGAGCGACGAAGGGCCACGACCACCCUUGCCAGAGGAUCCUGUUCUAACACAUGCGAUAACCACGUACCCAGGAAGUAGGCUACCCCACGCCUGGCUGAAUACCCGACUCCCCGGAAAACAGUUCUCAACGAUAGAUCUUGCUGGCCAUGGCGUGUUCUCGCUAUUCACUGGCAUCGGUGGAGGCCAGUGGAAGACAGCUACAGAAAGGGUUUCAAAGGCGCUAGGAGUGGAGAUCCGAGCCUAUUCCAUCGGAUGGCUCCAGGAUUACGAGGAUGUCUACUCUGACUGGUCACGGAGGAGAGAGGUUGACGAAGAUGGCUGUGUCUUGGCUCGGCCUGAUAGAUUUGUUGCAUGGCGCUCUCAUGGCAUGAUCGAGGCCCCGGAGGACAAGUUGCUUCACGUUAUGAUUAGUAUUCUAGGAAGGUAG